AUGUCAGUCGUUUCAUCCAAUUUGUUCAAGCCGAUGAAAGUAGGCAACUGCCACUUGAAAAAUCGCGUGGUUUUAGCUCCUUUGACCCGAUUCAGAUCUGAGGAUAAUCAUGUUCCUCUGCCCUUUGUUGUCGACUACUAUGCUCAGCGCGCGUCAGUGCCAGGAACCCUUCUCAUUUCCGAAGCUACCUUCAUUGCGCCAGUCGCAGGCGGAUACGAUAAUGCGCCUGGUAUUUGGAAUCAAGCUCAAAUAGACUCAUGGAGGGAAGUCACGAGCGCUGUCCACAAGAAGGGCUCGUUCAUCUUUCUACAGCUUUGGGCAAUGGGAAGAGCGGCUAUCGUAUUCCAACUGAAAAAGGAACUUGGACAGGAAGCCGAAGUCGUAAGCUCAAGCGACAUUGCUUUUCCGAAAGGAUCCAAGCCUAGGCCGAUGUCAGUGAGGGAGAUAGAGGAAUAUGUUGACUUGUACGCGAAGGCGGCUCAUAACUCUAUAGCCGCUGGCUUCGAUGGUGUCGAAAUUCAUUGUGGAAAUGGCUACUUGCUUGACCAGUUCCAGCAAGAUACGUGCAACAGAAGGACCGACAGUUAUGGAGGGAGCAUUGAGAAUAGGGCGCGAUUUCCUCUGAUGGUGGUUGAAGCAGUUGUUGCAGCAGUUGGUUCUGAGAAAACGGCCUUGAGGAUAAGCCCGUUCUCUGACUACCAGGGUAUGAAAAUGGCCGAUCCUGUACCUCAAUUCACGUACUUUGUUUCACAGCUCAAGAGGUUGCAGCUGGCCUAUUUGCAUAUUGUUGAGGCAAGAAUGGCAGCAGACAAAGAGACCAAAUGUCGGGAAGAUGUCGGCUUUCUCAUCGAUCUUUGGGACAACCAGAGCCCAGUCAUACUCGCAGGUGGCUUCAAAUCAGCGACAGCUAGAGAGGCUGUUGAUGAUGAGUACGCGGACAAAGACAUCGGCAUAGCAUUUGGGAGAUAUUUUAUCUCUAACCCAGAUUUGGUAGUCCGGCUGCAGAAUGGACUUCCUCUCACACCAUAUGUUCGAGCUACAUUUUACAGUCUGAAGGAGAGGCAAGGAUAUAUAGACUAUUCUUUUUAUCAGGAACCUUCAUGUACCUGA